GAAGCUGGUGUGAAUGAAAUUAGAUCUAGGAAUAUUCAAUACAGCUGUUUAUCAAUUUGAGGAUCAUUCAGUUUGCAGAUUAAUCAAAUAGCUGUAAAUAAGCAGUCCCCAUGACUGUGUCAUUAGAAGCAGGGGUAUGACAUAACUAUGAACUCCGCCCAACCUUUUCUUCGUAUUAAAACUGGGAGUGCAGCAGAAGAGAGCAGAGAAAGAGCUGAAACCAAGCUGUUGUCCUCUUCAACUCCAGAAUAAAGUUUGCGUUUUAAAGCUUGGCAGAACAGACUCUAGCGAUAAAAAACAGUCUUAAAAGUAAUCAUAUGAUUUUUUAUGUCGGGUUUUCCCAUUGUUAGAAAUUGUCUGCACUCAUUAGAGAGUUUAGAAUUAGACCACACAUCUAUAUUGUGACACGAGAUCGAACAGCAUGCGCGCUCUGAAUGACAGCGAUGCGGAGGAUGCUCCGAGGGACGAGAGCCUGGCCAAGGUGGAGAUCGCGCUGCUCAGCGUCAUCUUCGUGACCGCAGCCAUCCUCAACACCGCGCUGCUGUUGGUUCUCUGGAAGCAGCGGAAGCAGAUGUCCAGAAUGCGCGUCUUCGUGUUCCACCUGUGCCUGGCGGACCUGGUGGUGGCUUUUUUCCAGGUGUGUCCGCAGCUCAUUUGGGACAUCACCGACAGGUUCGUUGGGCCUGACUUGGUGUGCCGCCUUGUGAAGUACCUGCAAGUCCUGGGCAUGUUCUCAUCGACCUAUAUGAUCGUGGUGAUGACGGUAGACAGACACCAAGCCGUCUGUAACCCCAUGGUGAAAUUUCAGCGGAGGCGCGCGAGACUAAAUCUCCCCGUGUGCGUGGCGUGGGGGCUGUCUCUGCUGGGCAGCCUGCCGCAGAUUUUUAUUUUCUCUGAGGUAGAGGUUGCACCCGGAGUCUUUGACUGCUGGGCUGAGUUCAUCCAGCCGUGGGGGCUGCAGACCUACAUCACCUGGACCACGCUGGUCAUCUUCAUUCUACCUGUUGCCACAAUUCUUGUUUGCCAAGUGCGCAUCUGCCAAGCCAUCCAGACCAACCUAAAGAAAAAGACUCACAAGCAGGGGAGCGUGGGUGUCUCGCUGUCCUGCAGAGCCAGUGGGGUGGCUGGCAUAUCCAGAGCCAGGGUAAAGACGCUGAAGAUGUCUGUGGUCAUCGUGAUGGCUUACAUCAUCUGCUGGGCUCCGUUCUUCACUGUCCAGCUGUGGUCUGUCUGGGACAGGAAUGCUCCUACGGAGACUGCGCCCUUCACCAUCCUCAUGCUGCUGGCCAGCCUGAACAGCUGCGCCAAUCCCUGCAUUUAUCUCCUGUUCAGUGAUCAGUUUCCAAAGAAUCUGGUGACCUUUCUAUGCAGUCGGCGACUUUCCGACCGUAGAGACUCAACUCACGACGAAGCCACGCUUGUCAGCACUCUGUAUAUGAGCCUCAGAAAUGUCUCAGAGUCAAAGUGAACCCCCCCCCCCCCCCCCC